AUGGAGGGGGGGAACGAGAUAGAGCGGCUUCCGGUGGACCUGCUCGCCCACAUCUUCACCCUGCUCGAGUCAUUCAAGGACUUUGCGCAGUGCGUAUCAUCCGAAUAGUCGCCCCCUCCUCCGCAGAUUUCUCCUUUCCCUUCUUCUUCAUAUUCCGUUUACCUCCCCACACGCUGUGGAUGUUCCUGUCUUCUCCUUCGAUGGAGUGACUCACUUUGGUCCCGCGGUUGGUGCGGACAGGGCGAGCGGGGUGUGCAAGAAGUGGAGGAAGGGGGCCCGGCGCUCCCUUGCGAGGAGGGAGCGCCUCAUCUUCACAGGGUAUCGGAUGGACAACGACUCCACCGCCCGCCUCGUCAGCUGCGCUUACAGCCUCCGCGAACUGGAUAUGUACUUCUCCGCCCUUCUCGUUCUCCUCCGCGAUCGAUUUGUUUCUGGUGCUCUGUUCAUCUGGCGCGGAAUUUUGAUCGAAACUUAUUUUGAUCACAAUUUUCUGUCCCAAUUAGUGGAAAAUUAAGAACAGAGCGUAGAUGGAACGACUGGUUUGCGCCAUUCUUUGAGAGCAUCUAUGCCUCUAUGCUCGCGAUACCUCGAGUGAUCCUCAGAAAACCCUCUUCCUACCCGCAUUCCCUGUUGCAGCUCCUUCGAAAGCUCAUGGUCCAAUGGAAAAGAGGCAGCUGGAUGCUGUGAUCAUUAGUUUUUAUUUUAUUUUAUUUCUAUAUCCCCGCUGCUCUGAGUUUUGAAAGGAAAUGAAAUCAACCAAAUAUCAAUCAUCCAAUAUACGCUGAAAGAAGCAAAUAUCACCAGUUUAUCUAUCUCUCUACCCAAGAAUUUUCCUUCUUUUUAUUUUCCCUAUAGAAUCUUGCCCCGUUUUACAUUUGUUUUCUUGUGUAUCUCAAGAUUUCUUCCCCAUUUCUUCGGGUUGAGUACUCCAUCAUGUGCACUGAUUUGCUCGCACCUUUUCCUUUCCUUUUUUUUUAUAAUUUCCCAGUUCCCGCAGUUGUUGGGGCUGCCAGAUCACGGACAACGGGCUUUACAAGAUAUCAUUGGCGAAGUGUGUUGGGAACUUGACAUCCAUAUCCCUCUGGGGUAUGUCAGGGAUCACGGAUCAGGGCGUGAUCCAACUGGUGGGUAUCUCCCGCCGCCAUUAAAACCGAUGGAUAACAGUUUUUUUGAAUGACCCUCGUCGCCGUAUGCUCUUCAAUCCUUGUUUAGAGGGGCUGGGCAGUCUUAUUAUUAUUAUAGUUAUGAUUAAAAGGCAGCAUUUAUGUUCUGGUCCUUUUUGUCUGAAUAUGGUAGAUUAUGUCCGGUUUUACAGGUGAUGAAAGCGAGAUCUUUGCGGCACCUGAACGUGGGCGGGACAUUCAUCACCGAUGAAUCAUUGUCGGCGAUUGCGGCCAAUUGCCCGCUUUUGAAGGUACAUUCCCCGGUUUCUUGCUGUUUAUCCGCGAUCAUAUAUAUAUAUAUAUAUAUAUAUAUAUAUUUGAAGGUACAUAUGAUGCAAGGGAUCAUACCUUCAGACUUCGUUAAAAAAAGAAAAAAGAAGGUUUUUUUUUUUCCAUCUGUUCCGGCAGUUUUCCCUGGUGGUGGUGACAGAGUGAGUGAUGGCCCUGGAACAGGCGAUUGUUCUGUGGUGCUGCCGGCACGUGACGGAAGCGGGGCUGCUCAUGGUGGUGAGCAAGUGCCGCAAGCUAGAGUCGAUCAACGUGUGGGGGGUGCGGCUUCCCAUGGACUGCUUCAUGGGCCUGCUCGCCAUCAAACCGGCGCUGCAGAUAAAGCCCGUCACGCUCCACCAGAGCCUCGCCGGCGCCGCCGGCGCUUCCCUGCCCGUCGCGUAG